AGGAUAUAUAUCGGGCUUUGGAUCUUGCAGAUUUUACCCCCAGCUGAAAUCUGGACCUUGAAUUAAUCUUCCAUUUUUUAUUCCAUCGCCGUUGUCGUGGCGGACGGUGAGGCCUUUGGCAGACAAGCGGGGAAUGUUGAAGAAUGGGUGUGGGGUCUUCGAGCCUUCAGGAGCUUGCACGUAAUGGAGAGGACGAAAAGCUAUCGCGGAAGCUACAGGCUGGUGCAGAUGUGAACAAACCAGGUCCUAGGAGUCAGGUUAAUAGACGGCCACUUCACGUGGCAGUGCGGGCUGGAAAGUUGUCAUCCGUCUUUGUGCUGUUAAAUCAUGGGGCCAAAGUCAACUGCUCAGAUGAUACCGGAGAGACUGCGUUGCACUACGCAGCGAGCAGCGGCAACGUAGCCAUUGCCAGGGUCCUGCUUAACUACGGCGCAGAUCACACAGUGAGGAACAAGGAGGGGUGUAUGCCCAUUCAUGUGGCAAUCGCAAACCGGCACGAAAAAGUGCGCGAGCUGCUGUGCAGCCAUGCACUGGAAAACCCGGUUGAGUUUCGAUACUACGACCAGAGUUGUUGGUACGACUUUGACGCGCGAGUGUCCAAGGUGCUUGCAUUCGAGCUUGGCGAAGGGGUCAACUUCACAACGCUCGUCGUGGAAAACGGUCCGACAUUCAUCAUUGAUUUUGUACAGCAACUGCGAAUCAACAUCGCGACGCUUUACUCUCAGUCCAUCGCUUGGAAGGCGGGAUUGAAUGGAGAAUGGCACUACCCCUCACGACCGUUCGAGGGCGUACACUUGGGGGCAGAGGAUCCAAGGUACAUUGCUCAGUACGGACUGACGAUCGACGAUGCGCAGGUCAGACACUUGCGCUCAAGUCGCAGGAGCUCGGAGAGAAGGGUGGUCCCGAAUGAGACAGAUAUGGCUACGCCAGUGCGAAUGGAAUGCGUCGCUGGCCUAGGGUCAUGUGCCAGUUCUAUGGACAGACCUCUCGAUUGGAGGGAACUGCAAGACAUCCCCGCAACGCGCCCGCCAGAUCCUGAGUGUUGUUCGCCAGUCAUUGUGCGGUUCGCCGAGUACCCGGCAAAGUUUGAACUGCUUCAGCGUGGGGAGGAAUACUUUGAUAUCGUCCUUCGGUUUCUCCGCGGAAUGGACAAAGAAGCGGCGAAGCGGUCGUCGUCCUCCAGCAGCCCGGUGACGAUGACACGGGGAGGCUUCCACGAACGAGGGAUGUCGAUCGGGAGCUUGCCGCGAGAAGUCAGUUCAAGGUAUCGGUCAGCGAAGGCAAAGUCGAGGCGAGGCAUGUCGAUGAGUGGGUUGCAGGAGCCAGCGGUGAUGAGGCCGCCGCCGAAGAAGCACGCUGUUGUGACUGCCGUUCACAGGGUGCAUUUGCCGGAGGCGAGGCAGAAUGCGUUUGAAAUGUACAGAGCAGAUAGAGCGAAAGCAAGGGGCGGGAACGCGAAUGUGCGGUGGGGCUGGCAUGGUGCGCCUCUGGAAAGCCUGUUGAAUAUCAUUUUGAAUGGGUUCUCCCUUCGUGCGAAAGAACGGAAUGGAAAGCUCUACGGUCACGGCAUCUACCUCGCGCCGGAGAAUCAUGCAUUCAGUAGCGCGGAGUUUGCCGAGCCCGACGAGGCCGGUGAGAAGCACUUGCUAUUCGCAAAGGUCAUCAUAGGUUCCAUGGAGGUUAUCCCCUUCGAGUCAGCUCAGUUUCAGCCGAGCUUACCGGAUUUUGACACCGGGGUCGACAACAAGCAGGACCCAACACGUUACAUUGUGACAUUGUCUGCAACACUGUGACAGUUAGUGUGUCUGCAACAUUGUGACAGUGUGAGUCACACUGACACCUACAGUUUUACAGCGUCUGCAAUACUGACUGUGACAGUGUCACACUGAGACUGUCAGUCUCACUGAUUGACAGACUGGCAUGGUCAGGUGCAGAACGAGUCACAGUGCGACUGUCCGCAACAAACUGAUGGCAAGCUGAAAAAUAACACUGUCACUCACAGCGUUCCUGACAGCCAGUGUCGUUGAGAGCCAGGGUGACAUUGUCUGCAUCAUCGUGACAGUGACGGUCCCUCUGACAUGCAGACUGUGUCAGUGACACCCAGUGUGACAGUGUGUCUACAACACUGUGACUGUGAGUCUAACUGACGGAUUGAGAGUAUCCCUCCGAGUACUGUCGUCCAUACUAGGUGACUGGGGCAGAAGCAGUGUGACCAGACUCCAGAGGCAUAAUAUCUGACGUCAGGAGGAUAAGGUGUCGUGUCGUGAGGGAUGUAUAAGAUGCCAACGAAGGGGAUUCGAGAAGUACUGUAUGGCAGUGCAAGCAUUUGACGGAGGAAGGCACUGUGGAGCACAGGGCUUCAGGAGUUCCAGUGGUUGAGGGGGAAACCGCAGGGUUCGAAACUGAACGCGGCAUGGGCUACCCCGACGAACGUAACAAUUAAAAGACCAAACCUGUGGGGAACGGAAACUAGCGAGUGUGCAGAGGUAGGCACUGGAUCUGGAAAGGCGCUGAGACACAGGAGGAUCUUAGAGUUCUUCUAACGGUUGAAGAAGAAACUUAACGGGUGCUAACGGAAUGUAAAGGCGAGAAGCAUGGGUGCUAACGGAAUGUAACGGCGAGAAGCAUGGGUGCUAACGGAAUGUAACGGCGAGAAGCAUGGGUGCUAACGGAAUGUAAGGGAACGGAACAGAACCGAAAGGUUGGGCGUUAAAGCAAGCAGGGAGGGUGUUACGUUGCUAACGCGACCUAACAUGUGGGGUUACUAACUGAACCGAACAGAGUGAAGUGCGAGGGAACAGGGAACAACGGGUGCAGAGGUCUGCUAGACGCUCGACUGCUGAAAGGUGCUUAGAAGCAUGAGGGGAGACCAGGGUGCUAAAUGAUGGGAGUAUAUUUAUAACGGAAACAGAAUGGGACCUAGCGAGUGAGUGCUACACCGUUAUUAACUGAUCCUCAUGGAGUAGUAAAGUGUGGGCCUUGCGUGGGAAUCGAGAACGACGAAAACUGGUUUAGAGGCAAGGCACUCUCAGCGAGUCAGCGGCGAAUGGUGUCGAUACUCGAGAGAACUCGGAGACGCAUGAGGCUUUUGGAGCAUCUAGUGGCUCGAGAAAAUGGGGUUGUUGCUAUGUCGUUGCUUACGGAAAAAACCUAUUGGGCAGGGGGCGCUAACGCUAACGCUAGCGGGGGGUUUGCUAUGUUGCUAACAGAAAACCUGUUGAGCAGGGGGUUGUUAUGUUGCUAACGGAAAGUCGGAAACCGAUUGGGCAGGGGGUGCUAACGGAAUGGGUGGGUGGUGUUGCUAACGGAACCUAACAGUUGCUAACUGAAUUUUCAAUUUUUCACAGAGUGCACUGUGCUGGAAACUCGUGACGAACGUGGUGCAGCAGCAGGCGCCUUUUUCCCAGUCAGCAGGCGCCGGUGGCGACCCCCCGUUUUCUCCAAUCGACUGGGAAAGGUGCUGAAAAGCAUGAGGCUUUGGGAGUUGUAGUGGUUGUUGAGAAAACGGAGGUGCUAAAUUUUGCUAACGGAACCUAAUGGUUGCUAACAGAAGCUAUAACAAAAUAAACUGUAGGGGAGCCG